GUCAUCUUCCCACCAGAUGGUCGAGUGAGCACUUCAGCGGACAACUGAGCGAAACGAUUAGUUUGGAAGAGUUUAAACUGGUGGACAUAUUUACUGAAGCUGAAGCCAUGUUUGUGGAGUGUUCGCGGACGUCAGUUUAAGGAUGGAGUCUUCGUGUCUGGACCUGGCUCUGGAAGGCGAGCGGCUCUGUAAGGCGGGCGACUAUCGUGCCGGUGUGUCCUUCUUUGAGUCUGCCAUCCAGGUUGGAACAGAGGACCUCCAGAUCCUUAGUGCCAUCUACAGCCAGCUGGGCAAUGCCUACUUUCACCUACAGGAGUACAACAAAGCCCUGGAGUACCAUCGCCAUGACCUCACACUUACACGAACCAUUGGAGAUGAACCUGGUGAGGCAAAAGCCAGUGGCAACCUUGGGAACACAUUAAAGCUUUUAGGACGGUAUGAUGAAGCAGUGGUUUGUUCCCAAAGACAUUUGGAUAUCACCAGAGCCAUGUAUGACAAGGUUGGGCAGGCUCGAGCGCUGUAUAAUUUCGGGAACGUUUACCACGCCAAGGGCAAGAGCAUCUGCUGGACUGGAGCGGAGCCAGGAGAGUUCCCAGAGGAGGCCAAGAUAGCACUGAGGAAAGCGUCGCAGUACUACGAAGCAAACCUGUGCCUGGUGAAGGACUUGGGCGAUCAGGCGGCCCAAGGUCGUACUCAUGGCAACCUUGGCAACACGUACUAUCUUCUGGGCGACUUUGACAAAGCUGCAGCUGCACACGAAAAGCGGCUGCUCAUCGCUAAAGAGUUUGGGGAUAAGUCUGCUGAGAGGAGGGCCCACUGUAACCUUGGCAAUGCUCACAUAUUCCUCAGCCAGUUCGAAGUGGCGGCGGGUCAUUACAAGAGGACUCUGCAGCUGGCCAGGCUUUUGAAGGACAAAGCUGUGGAGGCCCAGGCCUGUUACAGUCUGGGCAACACAUACACACUACUGCAGGACUACGAGAGAGCCAUUGAUUACCACCUCAAACAUCUGGUCAUUGCUCAGGACCUCAAUGACAGAGUCGGUGAAGGACGAGCAUACUGGAGUCUAGGAAAUGCCCACACCGCCCUGGGGAAUCACCAGCAAGCCAUGUACUUUGCUGAGAAACAUCUGGAAAUUGCCAGAGAGACUGGAGACAAGAGCGGCGAAGUGACAGCCAGGAUGAACUUGUCGGACCUACGGAUGGUCGUAGGCCUGAAGUCCAACAUUCACCCAAACAUCUUCCGCAACUCCAACACUAAUAGCGCUGCUCUGCCAGUGAGCUACCAGGGUUACCCCAGCCUCCAAGGGGUCAAGUCUUCAGUAAGGAUAAGAGACAGUGCAGAGAACCUUGGACUGAGUCCAAGUCCUGACAAAAAUCAAACUGGGGAUUCAUCUGCACAUCCAGACUGGGAAGAGGAUGUGUUCCCUGGAUCUUCAAAAAACAACACAAUCAAGGCUUCUACAAAGCUCUUCCUCUUCCAUCGGCUGAAAAGCAAGAAGCAGAAGAACCCCAAAUCCUCUCCCAAAUACCAGCAUGAAAACCGCACCGAGCACUCGGCUCCUGAGCAGGAAGCACUGGUGUCUAAGCCUGGAUCACGGGACACGAUUGGAGAGGAUGGCUUUUUCGACCUCCUCUCUCGUUUCCAGGGCAGCAGAAUGGACGAUCAAAGGUGCUCCCCACUGGAUGGCCAGAGCCAUCUCACUGCUCCUCCCUCUCCCUCCUCCACCCCACCUGUAGCUGAAAGGAAACCUAUUUCGGAGUGCGAAACACCGUUGCAGGAUCCUGGUCAUUUCCUGGAGCAGCUGGCCAGCUCCCAGGCCCGUCGGCUGGACGACCAACGAGUGAGCCUGAGCCGUUUUCCUGGCUUACGACUCAGCACCUCCAACCCGCCUCGUACACCCUCCACCUCCAGCACAGAUCAAGUCCCCCCACAAGCCCCGAUCUCCAGCACAAAUACGGCUCACAUACCCUCCCUGUACAGUCAAAUCGAGGCCAGCACUGAGCAGCCUGAAGGGGAUGACGUCUUCUUCGACAUGCUAGUUAAGUGCCAGGGCUCCCGACUGAACGACCAGAGGUGUGCCGCUCCGCCUUUUAAAACUAAGGGACCAACUGUUCCAGACGAAGAUUUUUUCAGUCUCAUCCUGCGUUCCCAGUCCAACAGGAUGGAGGAGCAGCGAGUCCUGCCGCCUCCUGGCGUAACCCAAUCAAAACCAGACUGACUCCUUGAGUGAAAAACCUCUGAGGAUACAAGAUGAAGUGACCAAGCUUCCUUUUUUAUCAAGUUGUUGUUUUUGGAACCCCAAUACUUGUGCAAGAGACACUAUAAAGGAAUCAAACAUUACGGAACUGGUUACUGCGACUGUAAACAUAGGAAUGUAGGUGUUCAAGAUGGACGGACGGACUUGUUUUAAGAUGUCUGACAGCAUCUCUUAGUAGUCCCCCAUGCUGGGUGUUUUAAUCAAAGACCUCUCACAGUGGCGUCUGCAUCGUGUUGUCUGGACUCAAGGACAUAAGCCAAACUGAAGGGAUUUCCGCUUAAUGAUGAUGGACAAAAAAAGAUAAUAUAUGAACCUAUCUCAAGCAAAUUGGAACAUUGCAGUACAUCUUGGCUUGAAUCGAUCUUACCAACAAUAACUCGGUAUCAAAUCUUCUCUUGGGAAAUAAAAGGUCCACAUCCACCGCUACUACUGCAGUAGUGACUAUUUGAGACAUUUAUCGGCCUCCCAAUAUUGCUUCUCUAGACCUGUAUGGGCGGAGUUAUUGCCAUGACCAGAAAUGGGAAUUUAAUUUUUUGCAACGUUUUACAAGGAAUGAAUUAAUGUGAGGGGAAAAAUGUAAUUUUGGCUUUUGUAUUGGAAC